CGCCACCUAGCGGACUUCACGGUAUGCAAGAAGUGUGACGUCACUAAACCUGCUACCGUAAUUUUCAUGACGUGAACACAAAGAUAUACGGAGGGAAAUUAAAUUAUCAACAAUAACACACCAAGAAUAAACAAAUUGUGAAAGAUAUCACAGAAAGUUGCUCUUGACAUGAAUUCUUUUGCGUUUGCGGCUCACCCUAGCGUACGAAUUAAAGGAACAGAGAAUAUAUUUAAUCCAACACCAUGUGAAUCCACAUCUUGUACAUACAAACCUCCACAUCUGCACUGUCCAUUUUGUGUGAGAACUGAAGUUUAUCAAGAUCCAGUUAUCCUAAAGGCUCAUUUUCGAGUAAAACAUGUUGAUAAGGGCAUUGAAUUUGCAGGCUUAAAAGUAUUACGAUGUUGUGAUCACUGUGAUAUUAUUGGUGUCAUCAAAGGUGAGAAGAAAUUCAAGGGAGCUCACUGGCAUUGUUAUAAAUGUAAAAAUGGUUUUAAUAGGAGAGAUGAGGCAAUUAAACAUUAUAAAACCCACUUUAGAAAUCCACAAACUACCUUUCAAAUACAAAUUACUCAGGAUUUGAAUCAAUCUAUUGCUCAGUAUAAUAAUGAAAACCAAGAUGCAGCAAAUCAACUAGUCUUAGAGAAUAAUUCUAUUCAUCCAGCUUUGACUCAGGCUGUUGCCUGUAUAGCUUCACCUUUAAAUACAGAAUCAGUUAUCUCGAAUGGUAAAUCUAAUGAUGGUGCUCUACAUGUAACUAUAGCAGCUAAUGAAACUGUUGAAAGUGGAGAUGGACAGACAAUUAUGAUAAUACGAGAAGAACAACUCAAUUCUGAAGAUAGUUCUUAUUCAACACAUCUAGUCCAUUGUGAGGAAGGGCAAGAAAAUAAAAGCGAACAUUAUCAGGCUUUAGAAAACAGAUGUCAACAAUUAGAACAAGAAAAAUCACAACUUAGAAAUGAAAAUGAAGAAUUAAAACUUCAUAUACAGCUUUUGAACGAUGAAUUAAAAACUUAUCAGUCAAGAGAUAAAGAAAAAAUAAAUCAAAUAGCUAAUUCAACAGACACUACCAUGCAAUCACUCAUUCAAGAAUUAAAUAGUCAACACAAAGAUGCUUUAACACAACAAUUUGGACAAUUAAAACAAGAGUUCUUUAAAAUCAUUUCUUCCAAAUUAACAUCGACAGUCGCUCAAAUUCUCACCUCAACUCACUCAGAGACAUUCACUGGUACGACAAACAAAAUUGUUGAAGUUACGUCUGAGGAUUUAGUGAAUUCAGAAUCCCAGACAUUAGAAAUAGUGGAAGUUGACACUGGCAGUGAUAAUGAAAGAGUGGAAAAUGCCGAAAUUUUAGCAAACAAUUCCAUACCACUUCAGGUAUCAGAGGACGGGUCUCAGUUAAUUAUGUGUGUUAAACAUUUAAACGUUGCAGAAAAUAAAGUGUGUAGUGAGAAUUUAGUUACAGACGUUGUUAAUGUAAAAUUAGAACCUGUUGAUAGCACAGAACCUCCAGAAAAAAGACAAAAAACAGAUUAAUAGCUAAAGACCAUAUCUUGUAUUGCUUAUAAAAGACCCAUUAUCAUUUGUAGUUCGGUUCUUAUCACAUUUCAUCACACUUAACUACAAACUUAGUUUAUUAUUACCGUCUUAUAUGCAGUACUUUAAAGCUUGCUUAUUUUGAAUCUAGGGUUUUUCAGGAAGACAUAUUAUGUCAAAAUUUUAUGUGGGCAUUAAAUGAUACAAGUGUCAUUCUGUUUUUCUGUUCAUCCUUCAAGGCACAUUUUGUUCUCACUCGAAAUCUUUAGUUUGCCUUUAGUUAUCACCAAUGUUUUGAAAUUUAAUCCAUCAUAAUAACUUUCAUUUAAUCCAUCAUAAUAACUUUCAUUUAGAAUUAUAAUCUUUUUUAAUUGUGAGAAAUCUGAAUUUAGAUACCCCAUUCAGGUUCCAGUUGUCUGAAGGCAGUUUUAUGAAUAACUUCAAAUUUGUUUUAGUGGAAAAUAUUAUAUUGAUUUCCCUAGAUUCAAAAUCUGUAAAAUGUCUGGAUUCUUAUUUUGGACGAUCAAACUUGCCAUCUGUUUAUAUUUUGAUUGAAUUAAUAACAAGUUUGAUUAUACCAUAUUUGCAUUGUUCAUUCAAGAGUUACUGCCCUUUUUCAUAAAUAGCUUUUGACUCUUGAUAUUUAAUUUAAAAAUCUAUUAAAAUUCCAGUGUCGUGAAGUCACAAAAUAUGGGUAGCGAUAGUAUCUUUUUUCUUGUUUUUAUUUCUAUUUAUUGUUUUUCGUUAUAUUUUUGUUCAGUGUUAUAUAGAAUAUGAUUAUCUUGCAAUAUAUGAUUAAUAUUGAUAGGUUUACAAAUUUGGUAUCUCCUGUCUUGGUUCACAUGUAUCUAUUAUAGAAUAAACAAUAAAAUACAUUUAUUUAAAAAGAUUAUUUUGGAAAGCUGCAUGUGUAUACGCAAAAAACAAUGAAAGCAUCCGAUGACCUGAAGCCAUCCUGAUUCCAAUGGUUUAGCCUAUUUAUUUCAUUAGAAUCAAAGAAAAACAAUUUGCUUGCUAUUCAGUCUAUGAGUUACAUGACUUAUAACUGCAACAUUUUGUCAGAAAUUGAAAACCCUCUUUAAUAAAAUAGAUGAAGUUAUCACAGCUUUAUAUACAUGGAACAGCGAAUGGAAAAUA